AUGGUUUCGGUGGCAGAGUUAGUCACGAAAUUGCAUUCCAAUAUUGAUGAAAUUCACAAGACUAUCGCUUUAAUUAGCGACACUUCGAAUCAUGAUGCGGAAAUUACACGAUUAGAAAGAGAUCGCGAUGAACAGCUUCAGCAAUUGAAGAUGGCUCAUGAAAUCUCAAUGGAAGAAGGAGAGGAAGCACGACUCAAACAGGAACAAGAGAUCGAGGAACAAAUCAAGAGAGAGGAAGACGAGAUAAUAGAGAGGAGGAAACGUGAAGAUGAGGAGAGAAAAUCGAGAAUCGAAAAUGAAGUUAAGGAGAGAGAAAAGGUAAGGCAAGAGGAGGUAGAAAAGAGGAAGGCUGAAUUCCAAAGUCAACAUAAAGAAGUUGAAGAUGGAAUCGAUGAAAAAAUGGAAAGGUUAGAGGAUGAGUUAGAGCAGCAAAUGAUAGAUGGGCAAAAAGCUUUGGAAACUUUAGAUUCUGCGAGAAGGGAAAUCAACAGACAAAUUGACGAGCAACUCAAUAUUCCGACUGUACUACCUAAAAUUCAAUACAAGAGCCGCAGAAAGGUUGUAUUGAAUAAUCAAGAGCCAGAUCUAAUAUCGGGAAAUCAGAACAGCAAGGGCACCGAGGAGGAUGCGGAAAAGAAACCGAUUACAAACGAAGAUUUAAGUCGUGAUGUGAACGAGCACAAAGAUGAAGAUCUUCAGAAUAAUGUAGCUGAUACUAAAGACAGUGAAAAAGACCUUGUGGUGGAGCCAACAAAGGACUUAGAAUCUCAACCAGAUUCCUCACUCUCGAGGGAGCUUGUUCCCCAAGAGCAAGAGGAGCAAUCACCAAAUCUUGAGAAUAUUGAAGAAUCAUCGCAGCCUAUCGAAGAAACUUCUAGCUUAGUCCCUGAGGAGCAGCACAUCGAGCUUCAAGAGGUAGAUCAAGCUGAUGAGCAGCCCGAAUUUGAUAACAUUGCGCAAGGUAGUCAAGAUCAUUUCGAACUAGAAACAUCAGAGCCUGCAGAAGAAAUGACCAAGGUGAUUGAUGACGCGCCUGAGCCUUCCCAAGAGGAUACACCCGUCGGGGCUGAUGAUAUCCCAGAAGAACCAACUGGCUUGACUCAGUCAAUUGAUGUUCCACAAAAUGAGACCAUCGACAAUCUAGAGCAAGAUCAUGUAUCUCAAGAACCAGCAAUGAUCAAGGAUCACAUCGAAGAUAGCCAAUCAACCGAAACUCCUCACGAAGAUGGAAACGGCGACUCAAAGCAAGACAACAGUCUAGUAGAAGCACUAAAAGAAGCCGAGACUGUUCCAGUGCUUGAUCCACAUGAAUCUCCUGAAGACAGAGCAGCGAGAGAAGAAAUAGCUAAGCUAAAUGAGGAAAUCAGACGUGCUAUGGAGGAGGAAGCAAAUGAAGCAAUGGUUCCUCAUCUGGAAGCCAAGGAUGCUUCUUCGAACGCACAAAUUGCAGAAUCGGAAGCGCCACAUGUUCAAGAAACUGUUGAGGCUGAAAAUCUUGCCAAUGAAAACGUUGCAGAGGACAAGGACUUUGCAGAAGAAGAUACUUUACCUCAAGACGACAGCACACCAGUUGCCGAGGCUUCUGACAUUCUGAUUGAAGAUGAUGAAUCUGAACCAAAGGCAAUCCCCGAGACAGUCGAAGUUGACAGCGUCCCAAAAGAUCAAGUUGUCUCUAAAAGCAAUGAAUCCGAAAUCGAAAACAAAGAAUCUCUCGAACCAGAAGUGCAAGCGGACGAUGUAACACAUGAUCCAAUCCAAAUUGAAACCGCAGAGCAAGUUCUAGCUGGGGAACCUUCUUCGGAGGAGCCUUCAUUAGAGGACGCAUUAAAUGAUGAUCUUCCACUUGAGAAUUUUGAAGCGUCUCGAAAUGAGACAUUGGCUCUCGAUGAACCUGCGAGUGAUGCCCAACACGGCACAAUUGACGAGAUGCCCUUGAGCUUGAAGAAUAAGGCAAUCUUAUCUCCUAUACCUGAUGAAGACUUAACCACUACCAUCAACGAUCAGGGUGACUCAGAGAUAGAGAAUGGCGAUAUUCUGAUGCCCAAGGAGCCUGCAAUCCCAAGUAUACAAGAAGACACCGACCAAGCAUCAAUUGAAGCGAAGGAAAUCCACGACGACCUAGAGCCGGACCACAAUGAAGAGUCGAACAUUCUAAAGGGAUCCAUGGAGGAAGCCAUUGAAAUACCACUUCCAGAACCAGUCGAUGCAGAGGUUGAGCAACUGAAUGAGGCACCAGAGAUAAUUCAUGAUGACUCGGAACCUGCCAAUCAAAGUGAAAAGAUUGCACCCGAGGAAUCUGAAGCCAAGGCAAUUUUAACGCCACUACCAGAGCCAGCAGAAUCAGAGAGCGCUCAGCUCAAUGAGGAACCAGCACCAGAGUCUGAGCUCUUAUCAAACAAUCUACCAGAAGUUGACCAAGACCAAGAGGAAGCUAUCGAACCAACAAAUACUGAAGAUGCUAUCUACGAACCUUUGCCUAAUUUGACUGAAGACACACAGCCUAGUAUGGCCGAGCAAGAUAUUGCUGGCGAAGAGUCCACAGAUGCCAAGGCGUUGGAACACGAGAACAAAUCUAAAGACGAGAACGUAACUCCAGACCAAGAUUACACGGAGCAAAUUAAAGAGUAUGAAAAGGACCUUGAAGGUACUGCAAGCAUAGGUUUGAAACCUGAAGACGCCGAAAAACAGGAAACGUUGUCAGCUGUCUCACCAGAAGCGGGAGAAGCGAGAAGCAUCCCCAAUGAAACAUUUCCACAGCCAACUCUGGAUGUGGGGUCAGCAGACAUCGAAGGCAAUGAGGAUUCUGAAACUCAUGUAAUACCUACCGAUUUUGAAUCUGCUAGUAAGUACAAUGAUGCUGUCGAAGAAUCUACUGUUCCGUCGCAAGAGGAGCAUUAUGUCGAAGAUACUGAUAUUGGUUCUAUUGUAAACCCUUUAACCGAUACCAAUACAAAUCAGGAAAUAGAGCUACCUGAAACUCGUGAUAUCGCUUCAAAUGACACCGUCGAAGGGACUGAGGUAGCUGCCGAUCCGGUUGUUACAAUCCCCGAACAAUUCCAAGAGCCAGUUGAGUAUCCUGAUGCUGGUACACGUGAUCUGAAUGUACCAGUCGAAGAUGAUAUAGCGACAGACAAGAACCCGGAUGAAGAAGCUCCUGAUAGCGAUUCAAACGAGAUCUCGCAGACCAUUGAUGAUCCUGUUCAAUUGCCAGGUCAUAUCAAAUACCGAAUCGAUGAGCCAGCUGUUGUCCAGCAAGAGAGUCAGCCCGUUACUGAAGAAAAGGGAACUGUCUCUGAAAUUUCAGUCCCCAGUACCGAGAACAAAGAUCUAAAGCUCGUCCAAGAGGGUGAAGAACCGCUGGUGGACGGUAAUACUACUGAGCAAGUACCAAUAGUAGAGGAAGUAGCCACACCUGAACCUGAAGAGUUCGAAGGCACUGGAGAAGCAGCUUUGAAUCUUGAUGUUGGAUCACCACUUCCUUCGCCCAAACUUCAACAGACUGCUGGUGAUGAUAAUGAAAGUUCCAACUUAGGUGACAAGGCUCAACAAGGGAAUCCUGUUGAUUCAAAAGAAAUGAGCAACGAAGAAAGCUCUGAGGAUAAUAAACCUUCUCCCUCUCACAUGAUCGAAAGCGUGGAACCAAUGGCAUCAAGUCAAAUACCUUCUGAGGAUAUUCAAAUAUCGGAAAAAGCAAUUGAGACUGAGCCAUUGACUUUGGAAAAUGAGGCGCCAAUACAUCAACAAGUCGAAAAAGUCCCAGAGCAGACAAGUGAUGAUGCUAUAGUGGAGACCCAAGAGCAUCUUGAAGACAAGGAACUUCCCACCACUUCUAUUGAGGAACCAGUGCAUCUUGCUGAUGAAACACCAUCGAAAGAGAGCACAGCAGAACCUGAAAGCCAACAAGAUACAGAUUCUGCGCCUGAGACCAUUACCUCGGUACCAGAGAUAUCUGCCCUGGAAAGCUUGAAUGGCGAAGCAUCUGAAGUGCCGUCUGAGGUGCAACAAAUAAAUGCCGAGAGACACGACGAUAAUGAGAAGAGUAGCGUCAAUGACGAAAGUGCCGAUGUUAUUCAGGAAGAAAGAGAAAUCGACGAGACACAAGACCAUCACACUGAAGAGUCCAGAGAAACUGACCAUCCUAUUAAUUUCGAGACAGAAGAUGAGUCACACAUAAGUCCAAACGACUCAACAAAUUCUGAACCCAUACACGACGAAAUAUUACCUCAAGAGAACGAACAGCCUGCUGCUAUCGAAUCAGAGCAAAUCAAAAUUGAACCAGUAUUGAAAGUAGUUAAUCCAGAUAUCCUACCUCCACCUCAACAAACACAACAUGAAGACCCAGAAGAUGUUCGUGCUAGAGAGGAGAUUGCUCGUUUGAAUGCAGAGUUUAUGAAAGCUGUCGAGGAGGAACAAGCUGCCGAACAAGAGAUUAGACCUGUUGAAAUAAGCACUGAGAAGAAUAGCAAUGAUAUGGACAAAAGUGAACUUGUUGAAGCGGAGCAAGAGAGACCAAGAAGAGAGAGUGCCGAAGAUAUCGCAGCAAGAGAAGAAAUUGCCUUCUUAAAUGAGCAAAUGAAAUUGCUUAGUCAACAACAAGAGAAUGGGGGUGAAUCUGCUGAGAUUGAGAGUGAAAAAGAAGAGAGCAAACCUCAAACACUCGAAAAGGAAGAAUCAUCGGGUACCCUGAUCGAAACCCCUCAAAAUGAACAUACGGAAGAAGAAGAUUUCCAUACCGCACUCAUUCAGCAAGAUGAGCAUCUAAACCCUUUCGAACAACCAGACGCAGUACUAAGUGAGGAACAAAGUGCUGAGUCAACCACAGACGAGCCAAAUGAGGAAGUUGAAGCUUUACAGUAUGAGCAUGAAGAUCGCAACCCAGAAGAUUCGGGCUCAGAAGGUGAAAGGACCGAGCAAGGUGAGGAAACAGAGAAUUAUUCUGAAAGCGAAAAUGAAUGGGAUCAAUCCUCAGAAGAAGAAGAAGAGGGACCGCUUCCUUAUCUUGAGACUAUCCGGGAAGAAUCACAUGAUGGUGCCUCCCGUGUCGGCGAAGAUCACGAGGAUGACGAUGAAGAUGAAGAAGACAUGCCCAAGAGUAGAUUCUUCCAUCCACAUUGGCAAUAUGAGGACUCCGUUGAUGAGAAUGGAUUGAAAGAACAAAGAGAGAACAACCAGUUAGUAUCAGAGUCAGAAAAUCCAGCUAUCAAGGAAAUCUCAACAGGAAUCCUUCAAGACGAGCUUGACCAUCCAAGCGGAUCCAAUCUUGAGGUUUCAGAUUCUGGGCCAAUAAAAAGACCACAGACACCAAUGGCAUUGAUGUUCGGCUCCGACUUCAAAGAAACGGAGUCACCUCACGAAGUCAGCGGCACAGAUAAAUUAAUCGAUGGCAGUCCAGAGGCACCAAUUGAAAACGCAACUGUUUCCAAUGCUACGGAUCUACCACGGGUGUUGGAGCCAAGUCCUGACAUUGAGGAAAAUCGUGGAAAGUCAGAACUGGUGGAAGACGAAGAUCUUGUCGAAAAUAACAACCUCACUCCAAAACCUAAACCUCGACGUCCAGCAUCUUUGUAUCAUCGAAAUAGUGACUUGAGUCCAGAACACGAAGCAGUGUUCUCGAGAGUUUCACAGAUCCGAAGCAGUCUAACACCUUCACCGGAACCACAUCCGUCACCUGUAUUGAGCCCUAGAUCAAGAUCUGAGAGAUUUCCACCAGAUGAGCACCGAAAUUACUUAGAUGCCUCUAUCAACAACGCCUAUAAUGGAUGGGGAUAUUCUCAAGACGUUGAUCAGCAACAAGAUUACAGAACUCAAUUGAACAACGAUAAUGGUCGUAACCGUUCUCAUACAGUUGAUACAGUUCCAUCAUUCGAACAUUAUGCAUCAGAUGAUGGUGAAUCAGGUCCUCCAACUCCACCUCAACAACCACAAUACUCUGAUCCCGUGUCUCAACAGCCACACAUCAGUCAGAUGAUGUCAACGGAAUUUGAAUCUUCUGAAGGAUGGUCACAUCAAAACGAUGAUACCCAGGAUGAUUCAGCAAAUCAAGAGCAAAACCUUGAUGAAAUUAUCAAAUCUCCUAAUUUACAAGAUGCCGCCGAAUUUGAUCCUUUCAACCCACAAGAAUACAAAUCUCCAAUUCCAAGUCCUGUACAUUCAUCUUCCUUUCACGUAAGCAACGUGCAUGUGGAUCAAGAAUAUCCUCCAGUCCUAGCACCAACUCCACCAUCACUUAUCCCUCCUGAGAAGAUCUUGAGCUCUAAUGCACCUGCAUCAACCCCAAUAUUCACGGCUCAGACCCCAACUCAGACCGAAGAAAAAUCGAUUUCUCAACUGCCACCAAAUCUCCAUUCCGUUCCUUGGACACAGUCAGAAGAUCCCGCCAAAACUGCAGCCACAACUCAAGAAAAAGAAACCGCAUCCCCACAACGUAAUCCAAGACCUGUUAGUUCCAUCUUCGCUAGAACACGCUCUCUAUUCGAAGCAGGAGCGAAUGAUUCAAACCCACCUCCUAAACAGAGACCGCUUUCCGGAAUGAGCAUUUUCAAUGUUGGUUCACCGAAUCGUUCGAAUACUCCGGUUCAAACCAGACCACAUAGUCUUUCAGUCUCGAGUUUGAGAAGCAGGAGUGAGAGUUUGUCAAAGCGAUCGAGUCUGAGUUUUGGGGAAAAUCUAAAUACUAAGGCGGAUGCAAAUGCGAAUACAAAUGCCAAUGCUAAUGCCAAUGCAAAAGAUGACUAUGAUCCAGAUACAGAUGCGGACUUCUUGCCAAAGAGUCUCGAUGGCGAUGGAAGAUUACCUAGUCCGGCCUUUGGAUUACCGGGACAUAGAAGUAGUGGAAGUCUUGAUGGAGGGAAACUAUAUGGAGAUAUAGAUGAUCCCUAUUUUACGAAUGGUGGGGACAAGGGAAGUGCGGGAUGGAUGGGAGGUUCGGGAGUGGGGGGGUAUAGAAGGACUAGAAAAAUGAGAUGGAGAGCUGGUAAAAUGAGUAGAAAAGUGGGGGAAAGGGGGAAAGACAAGGUCGAGAAGAGGACAGAAGAGAUUGAAGAGAGGAAAAUGGCAAAAGGAGAAUACAAAUUAGCGUAUGUGUGGGUAGAAGGAUGGAGGGAAAGAUUGAAGAGAACGAGCGGCUUGGUAGAUAAGGUGAGGGAAGAGGGAAAGUAUGAGGGAGAGGUUACGAAGAUUGAUGUAGACUGGUUGGAAGAGGGAGUCGGGAGGAUGGGGACCUAG